AGUACGCCGUCCCGCCGAAUCCGCUGACGUGAGAUGUGAGAAGGGAGGCAUACGCAGCUCGACAACACGAACACCCACUGCACGCAUGCUUCAUGGCGCGCAGACACAGAGAUGGUAUUGCUAGAAUAUCUACAGAAGACGCCGCUCCUGUGUUCGGACAAUACCAGAUCCCAUCCGCACCCGCAGAAGCAGUUGCCGACCUCGGCACCCAUUCGAGGAUUCCUUUGCAACGAUGGCAACAGUUCACCUCCGUUGAAUAGGCGGAGUUCGCAGACAUGGAGUAUAUUAGGGCCGGCCGUUAGGAUCUUGAAGGGCGGGGUGGACGUGGUUAACAGCACCGUUCUAGGAAUGAGAGAUGGCUUGACGAAGGAGCAGCGGGUGGCAGCCGCGAGGAGAGAGGAGAGAAGGCAGAUUCUAGGAUUGCGGAUGAAGAAUGCGGAGAGUAUGGAGCAAUGGCAGACUGCUGCCAGAGACCUCGAUGUCCUCGAGGACAACGAAGCAUGGAAGUUCAAUUCUACGUCCUCCGAAUUCGAUGCUACCAUGAUCGAAGCACGAUUGAAGCAGAUGGACAACGCGAGGAUUAAUUGCGAUAUCAAACUGAUGUUGAAUCUGGUACGGACGUCCUUGUCGAGAGAUUUGGGCGGAAUGGAGAAUGUGAGGUUAUACAAGCACUCGCAUAUUGGGACAAAAGACCUGAUUGAACGCUACAUUGAUUCUGCCUUGGCUACGAUUCGGGAUCUGGUUGAGAAGAGCAAACAUACUUUACCAGAUGGAAUGGAGACCAAGGACAUACUGGAGCAGGUUGUGCAUGCAAGGCAAGCAUUUGGCAGGAGUGCUCUGUUACUCAGUGGAGGCGCAACGUUUGGCAUGAACCACAUUGGUGUGCUGAAAGCGCUAUUCGAAGCACAUCUUCUCCCUCGGAUCAUAUCUGGUGCUUCAGCUGGGAGUAUUGUCUGUGCAGUUGUUUGUACAAGGACCGACGAGGAGAUACCGGACGUUCUUAAAAAGUUCCCAUUCGGCAAUCUGGACGUUUUUGAGGAGAAUGGCAAGGAAGACGGUAUUCUAGAACGAUUGCGCCGACUUUUGACUCAGGGUGCGUGGAUCGACAGCAAGCAUUUGACACGAGUUAUGCAGGAGAUACUUGGCGACAUGACGUUUCAAGAAGCCUACAACCGAACGAGACGGAUAUUGAAUAUCUGUGUUUCUUCUGCAUCCGUGUACGAACUGCCACGUUUGUUGAACUAUAUUACGGCACCAAAUGUGAUGAUUUGGUCGGCAGUAGCGGCAUCAUGUUCUGUCCCUCUGUUGUUCUCAGCAGCGCCCCUUUUGGUCAAAAAUCCAAUCACUGGCGAGAAUACUCCUUGGAAUCCGACGCCCCAACGCUGGAUCGAUGGUAGUGUCGACAAUGAUCUCCCAAUGACUCGGUUGGCAGAGAUGUUCAAUGUUAAUCAUUUCAUUGUCUCGCAGGUCAAUCCACACGUUGUUCCAUUCUUGGUCAAAGAUGAAGAGGCUAUUGCAAAAGAUGCAAAUUCCGAAGGAUCUGGUCCCGGAUGGGUCUAUACUCUUACGAAUCUUGCCAAAGAUGAGGCUUUACACCGCAUGCAUGUUCUGGCUGAGCUGGGAAUAUUCCCAAAUCUAGUUACGAAAUGCAGAUCUGUUCUGAGCCAGAAGUACUCUGGAGAUAUUACCAUCUUGCCUGAAAUAGACUACAAGGACUUUCCACGUAUCCUGAAGAAUCCGACAGCAGAUUUCAUGGUGCAAGCUUGUCUUUGCGGAGAGCGAGCUACUUGGCCAAAGCUGAGUAGGAUAAGGAAUCACUGUGCCGUUGAAUUGGAGUUAGAUGCUGCAGUGCAGAAGCUUCGGGCUAGGGUUGUGUUCAGUCCUAGUCAGGUAGACUUGCGACGAAUGACCACAGCCGGAUUCACGAAUAUUCCGAGUAGGGUGGGACGAAAGAGGAGGGAGAGCGGCAGCAACCUUAGCGAAUUCAAAAUAUCCCAAUUUGAUGGGGAGAAUGAGGAAGAAGCCCCGUCAAAGACCAGAAAGAGUUUGUCACGACCACCACUCCGAACCUCGAGCACAUACUGGCAUGGCACAAGACGCACCUUGCCACCAUCUGCCAGACCUGGAUCCCGGACUACCCAAGGAACACCCCUUCCUACUCCUGAACCAGGAGAUUCGCACUCAUUCAAGUUCCAGCCGCUGAAGGCAGCACUUGACCUUCAUAUCAGCAUUCCAGAAAUUUCUUCAGCAGGCGAGACGACUCUUUCUCCACCUAGCUCGGACGCUGAUAUCGAUUCCCAUACGGACGAAAGUAGCCCCGAACUCGACACAUCUGACAUGCCUUCACCCGGCUUGUAUUACCGUCCCAGAGGAACAGGGAACGAAUCGUAUGAGAUGCUCGACUUCUUUUCAAGUAGUCAGCCUGUUACUUCGGGGACAGAUCACGUAUUAGCCACAAGUCCACUUUCGAGUAGACCGAAUAUCGGAUUGGCUUUAAGCCCUAUAUCCAUGAAGCUGAGCGGAAUAUCCACGGUUAAGAGUGCAACGGCACCUAGCAGUCCCGAGGCGAGAUACAAGAGGAUAUUUCAUAAAAAUCCUCAGGAGAAGGGAGAGAAGUGAUUUGAGAUGGGAGGGUUUGGACUUUGUUUCUUUUUAUUUGAAAGCUGAUUGAGAUACCAUCGUUUUAAUGGCAUGCAAGCAUAGGGCGGAGCGGGAGUUCAGAUGAGAUACGAAAUUAUCGUACGGAAGAGGAUUGGUGCACAGAUUUGGAGUUUUAUGGGAACAGCACAGGCUGAGAUGGGAGAUCAUGGCAUGAUCAGCAAACUUGAGAUGUGAAGCAUACGGAGAUAUGAAAUAGAAUAAUUUUGCAACCAAACAGUCUAUCCUGUGCUCCUUCCCUUGAUCACACCGUCAUCCACUAUGCUACUCUGAAGACAUCCGCCUCAAGAUAACAGAGAGAGUACAUAUACAAGAAAAGCGCCAACAUGC